UUGCUCGCGACGUCGGCAGCUGCAGGAGCCGCGUCGGGGAGUCGCGGCAGAAGGCACGCCAGAGCUCGGAAACUCGGUGGUGUCCUGAUUGCAUGCAGCGGUGCAGGAGCGGUGCAGCAGUUGUUCGCUUCCAGUCGCGCCGUUUGCGACGGACGCACUCGGUGGCUGCCCGGCUGUUGCGAGUGAACUACCGAAGCAUAGCGGUGGCGAUUGAGGAAGUUGGCUGCCGCAAUUUUCGCGGAGGUCACGAUUGAAAGCGACGCCCAAGCCGGUGUUAUGUGCUGUGUUGGUGCGCGCCUGUCUGCGACUGGUCUUGAGCGGUGGUGCGUCAUAGUGCGGCCGUUGUCCUUGUCAUGUUGUCGCGAGGCCGAUCUUGACGCAACGUAAAGUGUCGGAAGACGUCUGUAGGAGGGGUCCUCGAGGCUGUGACGGGCCCUUCCUACGAAAUCGGAAAUGGUGUGCGGUCUAGGACUCAUCAAGGGUGUCCUCUGUGCCCUCAACUUCACGAUCUCGCUGCUUGGAGUGGCGGCAAUUGUCGUGGCUGCCAUCGUGCUCAACAAUCCAAACCUCCACGAUGUCAACGACCACUUGGGAAAGUUCUCAAACUACCCCACUGCUGCCACAUUUGCUCUUGUGGCAGGCGUCACGGUGCUACUGUUUGGUGUCUGCGGCUGUUGUGGGGCCUGCUUCGGUGUUGGCUGGCUCCUGUUAAUGUUUAUCAUCAUCAUGGCCGGCUUCGUGAUUGUGGAAACAGUGGCGAUGGGCCUUGUCUGGAAAUAUGCAAACAGUUCUGAGCUGGAAAAUACCCUAACUUCAACAUUGUACACGUUCAUUGAAGCGAAGAAGAGCGGGCUGCCAAACUUCUUGCACGAUUUGCAGCAAGGUCUGUCUUGCUGUGGUGCAAAGGGACCCGAUGACUACCCACGAAAUGGCUUCGAAAUACCAGCGAGCUGCUACACAGAGUCAAAGUCAUCGUCAACAGCACAUCACAAGCCAGUACUUCACACAGUGGGCUGUGGAGAAGCCAUUGCCAUAUUUCUGGGUAAGCAGAGCCUCAAAAUUGGUCUCCUGGUGCUAGGCAUCGUGGUCGCCCAGGUGGUCGCCAUAUCCCUGGCAGUGUUUCUAUAUUGUAAGCUGUAGGCAGCUGCAGAAUUCAGGGUGCCGUUUGCUUGUUUCCAGACCUGCUCGUCGUUACAGUGCAUUUAUUUUUUAUUUUUAUUUCUGCUAUGGCAACAGCAUCGGCCGAAUUUGCUAAGUUUUGUCUGGAGCCAAAAGCAUGGCUGCCUUUAUCGGUUUUCUCGUGGAACACUUAGUCUUCUUGUAAAGUGCGUGUUGUUUAAAAAACACUCGUCACUAUGUAACAGAACUACUUCAAAAGUACAAAGUGACAAUGUGCAGACAUGCAUUUCUUUACACUAAUAAGCGCCUAAUUUUUGCUUGUGUAUGCUUGCUCUUAAGUGCCUUACAUCCUGUACCGUAACAUUGCUAACAAGUACCGCGGCCAAAGUAACGUGGCAGUAUUUACUAAUACAAUUUGCCGUCCAAUUUUGUACCGCUCUAUUGCUGGUCACAGCGACCACACAGCUGAAAUCUAGCCACCCGUGCGUUCUAUAAUGAGGCAGCUUAACUGUAGUGCCUUUCUGAUUGAAACAGAUGCAAUAGAAAAAAAGAGUGUGUUUACAUGAUGCACGCACUAGGUCACCACUCUCAUCUAACAGAAAGUACAGCCCAGCAGGUAGACGUCUAAGUCUAAUACUACAUUAUACUAACAAGAGAUUUUAUUUAGCCGAUGUUUUCCUCCUCCUCUUAAACUUCUAGCGCAGCAUCAUUACAACAACUCAGUGCAAAGUGUGGUUACACGUUCAUUUUUUGGGUGAGCAUUCUUUAGAAUUAUUUCCAGGCAUGUUCAGUGCUACACUUUGACAUCUGAACUGGACAGUGUCAUGAAAUCAAGUGUCAUGAACUGCGUUUACGAGUAAUUCAGUCCCUAGUCAUGAAAAUGGGUAGCUGUACAGAAAAGCAGACUUGUUGUUUACCUCUUCAUAUACACGCAAAUAAGUACUACCAUGCUAUUUAGAGAGACGUUGAUGUAUUUUUUUUUAUGCAGCACACGUGCGACAUUCGAGAGUUUUUAUAUUGCUUGUUGUGCCUUCUUUGUACAAUAUGUGCACUUGAUUCAAGCCCGACUAGCAAGCGAAUACAGCGCUGUAUAUGAACGUGCUGGGCAUCCCAAAGCAUCCUAUCUUGCACUCCACACCUGUUUAACAAAGGCACCUAGUCAAGAUCAUGCUUCCUAACAGAGAGCUAUUUAACCCAAUGUUCAUUUAUUCAAAAGACCAUUGUUUGGACACCAAACAGAAACUUUGUUAAUUCAUAUUAGUCUUUGCUGUUGUACGAGUUGUGCAUUUUAUCAGACUGGACUCCUUUGUGUUGCUGUUUUGGGUUCAGUAAAAUCUGAACUUUCUCUUUUGUAUUAGUUGUAGAAUGCUUCCAAGUGUGAGUAUCAUAAUCAUGUUUCUCAUUUAUGACAAGGAAUAAGGGUUUCAAGUUUAUAUUUUUUUUUAAUUGGGCAGAUAUUUUCUGGCAUUUUCUUUUUUUUUUUUUCUCAAGCAUUCACUGUUUAGUGGCAUUGAGCAUACUUUACUUUCGAUUUAUCUGAAAAGGUUUGUUUUCAUACUUCAAUUAUUAUCACAUUAUAUAAAUGUAUACAAACUACACAGAAAUGCAUCAGGUUGCUGAAAGCAACAUAAUUCUGGUGAAAUAUCCGUAGUGAGCAUCAGUAUGUUUGUCAAAAAUGUAGUAAAGCUUGUUUUAUAUAAUAUACAGAAGUACCUAACAAGGUCCGAGUGUGCCAAUUAGAAGCACCUGUAUUUCUGUUAGUCACUCUAAGCGUAGUGAAUGCCCUUUCUAUCGUGGAUGUAGCAUUUUUUCCAAAAAAUAAUCUCGGUGGAAACAUCUGUGUUCCUCAAUUUAAAGUGCAUAUUUACUAGCGGACAUUUCUUGUAAUAAACUAAAAACACGGACUCUACAGCAAGAAUCUGCCAUUGCAGCGCAAGAAAUCACGACAGUUCGGCCAAAAGCUCUCCUGCUCUGUUUUUUAUUCAGAUUUAUAUAAAAAAACAAUGCACAUUUCUCUGUGUUGUCAUUGUUAUUCUUUUUUCUUUGUACAUUUGUGAGGAAAGUGAUUUUCAACUGGAAUUACCCAUUGCCAUGCAAGUAGCUGGUUCUUCCGAAUUAUACAUAAGAGUGCAAAUGUUGCAGUAUAUUUUAUAUACAGUGUUUGCCGAAAUAAAAUUGUGCAAAAACACGGA